AUUUCAAACUCAUCCCAUUCCCCCCUAUCAAAUAAAGCCCCACUCCCUCUCUCAUUUCCUAAAAUCUACAAUCCACAUGAAGAAGAGCACACAACCACCACUCCUCUCUCUUUCUCUCACUCUAAUUAUGUUCUCUCUAUUUGCCACUCCCUCUUCCCAACAAAAUGUGACAACCUCAAUCUCACAACAAUUUAGAGAAGCCCCCCAAUUCUACAAUGCCCCAUCCUGCCCUCCAAUCGAGGACGUCGACAGCGGCAGCGUCAACAGCAAGCAGUUUAUUUGCUCUAGUGACGCUGUCCACGUGGCCAUGACCCUGGACGCGGCCUACAUCCGCGGGUCGAUGGCCGCGAUCCUGUCGAUCCUCCAGCACACCUCGUGCCCGCAAAACGUGGUCUUCCACUUGGUCGCGUCUGCCUCGGCCGACGCGCCCCUCCUCGGCUCCACCAUCGCGGCCUCCUUCCCGUACCUCGCCUUCGAGAUCUACCCCUUCCGCGACGCCGCGGUGGCGGGCCUGAUCUCGACCUCCAUCCGGUCCGCCCUCGACUGCCCUCUCAACUACGCCCGCAGCUACCUCGCCGACCUCCUCCCGGCCUGCGUCCGCCGCGUCGUCUACCUCGACUCCGACCUCGUCCUCGUCGACGACAUCGCCAAGCUCGCCGGAAUCCCGCUCGCCGCCGGCAGGGUCCUGGCGGCGCCGGAGUACUGCAACGCCAACUUCACCGCCUACUUCACGCCGACGUUCUGGUCCAGCCCCUCCCUCGCCGGCACCUUCGCCGCCCGGAAUGCCUGCUACUUCAACACCGGCGUCAUGGUAAUCGAUCUCCGGCGGUGGCGUGGCGGCGGGUACACGGCGAGGAUCGAGGAAUGGAUGGAGCUGCAGAAGAGGAUGAGGAUCUACGAGCUGGGAUCGCUGCCGCCGUUUCUGCUGGUGUUCGCCGGAGAGAUUGAGCCGGUGGAUCACCGGUGGAACCAACACGGGCUCGGAGGGGAUAACUUCCGCGGGCUGUGCCGGGACCUGCAUCCGGGCCCGGUCAGCCUGCUGCAUUGGAGCGGGAAGGGCAAGCCGUGGGCCCGGCUCGACGCCAGCAGGCCCUGCCCGCUCGACGCGCUCUGGGCGCCCUACGAUCUGCUCAAGCCUCCCUAUUCAUUCGAUUCUUGAUUGAUGAGGGAAUUUUUCGUGUUUGUAAGUAAAUUCCUUGGUAAACUCUGUUUUUUUUCGUGUAUAGAGAGAUGUUACAUUCAUAAAUUUUUCAUUGUAUUAAAUGUUACUACAACACAAUAUACUGAAAAAUAAUGUUGUCCUGUUUGGGUAUAAUAAUUUGAUUGUAUGUGCCAUAAUUUUAGAUUGUUUGAAGAUGAAUGAAAGUUCUUUUUCCA